AUGCUUCGCACAAGGAACUUGGAACGGAUUUCGAAAGCCACCAAGGAUCUGCUAGAGAGGAGAAGAGCACUGAGACUGCCGACUGGAACACAUCUCGAGCGACUGGUAGCCAAUACCAGUUGCAGAACAGCUUUGCAAGAAGAUCUUCGAAAGUGCAGGCAAUCAAAACUCUUGGAAGCAGCACAGGGAAGGAGAAGUCUAAAGAAGUACCGCAGGGAUCUCAACUAUCGUGUUCCGCUGGCAGCAUUACUAAACGAAGGCGGGACUCGCACAUCUUCCUGA